AACCCUGCCAAACUUAACGAAAGGAGUGGAGAUGUUGAAGGAUGUUGUGAGUAACACAGACCCUAACUUCCAGUACCUCAUCCCUCAUGCUCAGUACAACCUGGGAAUGGCUGCUUUCAUGGGGUACGGAAUGAAGCAGAAUGACGAGUUAGCUGAACACUACUGGUUACUAGCUGGUAAGGAAGGUGACCCAGAUGGUAGUAUUGCUGCGCAGUCCCAGCUAGGCAUGUUCUACACCCGCCGUGACACUAAAGAUACCAAGAAAGCUUUUUACUGGCAUUACUUUGCUGCCCAGAAUGGGAGUUUAGAAAGCAAAGGUGCUCUGGGAGUGAUGUACUAUCGCGGAGUGGGAACAAGCCCAGACAAGGAACUUGCCUUUAAAAAUCUGUGUGAAGCUAGUGAACAGGGCUCACUGUUCGCACAGGGAAAUUUAGUGGUAUAUUACUAUGAGAGUAGGCUGUUUACCAGAGCUGCUCACUGCGCUUGGAGUGUUGCACAGACUGAAUCAUUAGAAGAAGCAGCAGAAAAGUCAGGUUGUUUGUUGGAAUUCGUGAGACGUGGAGUUGGUUUGGGAUGUUUUUACUAUGCUCGAUGUUUGCACACUGGUAAAGGAGUACAGAAAAACGAGGCUGAAGCGCAGAAGUAUUUCAGUAAAGCGGUGUUAGUUUGUCCAGAGACAGCUGUUGAACUGAACCAGAAGCUGAAGAACGACGAGCUGUGAAGCAGAGCUCACUACUAUUAUUAGUGCUGUUGUAUAGAGUUAGCUCACUGCUAAGUGUUAAUAUUGUAUAAAGUUGUCACUACAUCAAAUCAAAUAUAGUAGCAAUAAAUCAGAUAAGUUAAAUUAAGAGCGACUUUUUAUACAAAGUACGUCCGUUCAGGAUAUACUGUCAGAUUUGUAAAUAAUUUUGUAAUAUACCUUAUACAGUGCGUUGUUAAUUUAUUAUUAUGUCAGAAUUAUACAGUAUUUAAUGUACAGAAUAUUGAAGAUUCUCAUUUUUCUCUAGUCAAUUUCAAAAGUUCAAGAGCACGAA